CGUUACAUCAGAUCGAAGUAACCAGCCAGCUAAGCGAUUUGUGGAAGAGACACUAUUAUGAUGGAAAGGACUCUGUGAUCACGGAGAAACUCACCUCUGGAAGUGAGGCUGUGACCUUAGGCAGCAGGAAGGAAUCCUUAGGCCAUGUUGGCACGUCUGUUCAGGCUCCACGGCCUGUUGGUGGCCUCCCACCCAUGGGAGGUAAUAGUGGGCACCCUGGCUCUCACCGUCUGCCUCGUGUCCAUGAACAGCCUGGCAGGGAGCAGCCAGAUGUGCAGCUGGAAUGAGUGCCCCAAAGUCGAGGAGAAAGUCCACAGCAGUGACAUAAUCAUCCUGACAGUCACUCGCUGCAUGGCCAUCGUUUACAUCUAUUUCCAGUUCAAGAAUCUCCGACAACUGGGCUCCAAAUAUAUACUGGGUAUUGCAGGUUUAUUUACAGUGUUUUCCAGCUUUGUGUUCAGCACUGUGGUCAUCCACUUCUUCGGGAAAGAGCUGACGGGUCUCAAUGAAGCCCUGCCGUUCUUCCUCCUGCUCAUCGACCUCUCCAAAGCUUGUGCAUUGGCCAAAUUUGCUCUCAGCUCGAACUCUCAGGAGGAGGUGAGAGAGAAUAUUUCCCAGGGCAUGGCCAUCCUGGGCCCCACCUUCACCCUGGAUGCUCUGGUUGAGUGUCUGGUCAUUGGCAUUGGCACCAUGUCAGGUGUGCCUCAAUUAGAGAUCAUGUGUUGUUUUGGCUGCAUGUCUGUCCUGGCCAAUUACUUUGUCUUCAUGACCUUCUUCCCUGCAUGUGUCUCACUGGUCCUGGAGCUGUCCAGGGAAAGUCGUGAGGGUCGUCCAAUCUGGCAGCUGGGCCACUUCGCCCGCGUGCUGGCCGAAGAAGAGGACAACAAGCCCAACCCUGUGACCCAGAGGGUUAAAAUCAUCAUGUCUCUGGGUCUAGCCUUGGUUCACGCUCAGACUCGACUAGCAGCUGAGAAUCCAGGUCAGAGCCGGGCAGUGGACGGGCCCGUAGCAAAGAGACUGGACUCCGAUGGAACCGUGUGGCCUCUGAAGCUCACCAGUAUGGACCUGGAGCAGGUGAUAACCCUCGGUCUGGCCCUGCUCCUGGCUGUGAAGUACGUCCUCUUUGAGCAAACGGAGACUGAGUCUUCCCUCUCGCUGAAGACCCCCAUUAUCAGCUCCUCUCCACCCCAGAAGCCCCGGGUGGCAGACGACUGUUGCAGGAGGGACCUCCCAGCCCAGAAAUUCCAGAAGAGCGGGAAUUGUGUCUCAACAACCAACCCCACCCCCGCGGCUGUCUCGGACCCCAAACUUUCCGCUGAAGCCGAUACAGCGAUCAGAGAGAAGGAAGUGACUCAGGCUCCAGCAGUCUCAUUGGAAAGCAGCGCCUGUGUUUCAUGUCCUGAGGAGCCUCCUGCUCUGACACCUCUCCCUUUAAGUAGCUGUGAUUCAGAGCCUCGUUCGCUGGAGGAAUGUGUGGCCAUCCUCUCAGAUCCUCAGAGAGGCGCCCGUUUCCUCAGCGACGCCGAGGUGAUAAACCUGGUGACCUCGCGUAACAUCCUGAACUAUAAGCUGGAAGCGGUCCUUGAGACUCCAGAGAGGGGCGUGGCCGUCCGGAGGGAAAUGUUAUCACCCAAACUGCCCGUUCCCUCAGCCUUGUCCUGUCUGCCCUACAAGGACUACGACUACUCCAAGGUGAUGGGCACUUGCUGUGAGAAUGUCAUUGGGUACAUGCCGGUGCCGGUGGGAGUGGCUGGUCCUCUUCUGUUGGACGAGAAGCAGUUUUACGUUCCCAUGGCGACCACAGAGGGCUGCCUGGUCGCCAGCACUAACAGGGGAUGCAGGGCGCUUUCUCUGAGCGGGGGUUGCCGCAGCAGGAUCCUAGCUGACAGUAUGACCAGGGGUCCCGUGGUGAGACUGCCCUCGGCGUGCCGGGCUGCAGAGGUCAAAGUCUGGCUCGAGACCCCGGAGGGUUUCAGUCUGAUCAAAGAGGUCUUCGACAAGACCAGCAGGUUUGCUCGCCUGGAGAAGCUGUUGGUGGGUUUAGCUGGGAGGAACCUUUACAUCCGCUUCCAGUCGCAGACAGGAGACGCCAUGGGCAUGAACAUGCUCUCCAAGGGCACUGAACAGGCUCUGCAGAGACUCCAGCAGCAGUAUCCAGAUGUUGAGGUGCUGUCGCUCAGCGGCAACUACUGCACCGACAAGAAGUCUGCUGCCAUAAACUGGAUUCUGGGCCGGGGCAAGUCUGCUGUGUGCGAGGCCACCGUCCCCGCCAAGGUGGUCAGGGAGGUGCUGAAGAGCAGAACAGCUGCUCUGGUGGAGCUCAACAUCAACAAGAACCUGGUGGGCUCGGCCAUGGCGGGCAGUAUAGGGGGCUUUAAUGCUCAUGCUGCCAACAUCGUAGCAGCCAUAUACAUCGCCUGUGGACAGGAUCCUGCUCAGACAAUAGGCAGCUCCAACUGCAUCACUCAGAUGGAGCCUGCUGGUCCAGAUGGAGAAGACCUGUACAUCAGCUGCACCAUGCCCUCCAUAGAGCUGGGGACUGUGGGAGGGGGCACCAACCUGCCGCCACAGCAGGCCUGUCUACAGAUGCUCGGUGUCCAAGGAACCAGUCCCAACCAGCCCGGUGAGAACGCCCGUCAGCUGGCCCGUGUAGUGUGUGCCACCGUCCUGGCUGGAGAGCUCUCCCUGAUGGCUGCUCUGGCUGCCGGACACCUCGUCAAGAGCCACAUGAGCCUCAACAGAUCCAAAACAAAUUUGCCAGAAACACCUUCACAGAAGUCAGAGACAGCCGCGUGACGUUGAAUGUUUACGGUCCAUCCAGCGCUCCGGAUACCGGCACAACACGUCACUGUGAGAAUGGAGGGGGGGGGGCUCCUGAUCACCUGGGCUGUGGAAAUCCUUAAAGACUAACAAGCUGAUGAACAGACCAACACAUGCUGAAUCAAACAGCCAACGUGUGCUUGCUUUGUGUGUCGCCCAACCGACUGCGAAAAGAGACUUCCUGGGUUGCGUUGUUAUGUUGCCGUUACUUAUUUGUGCCAUUGGUCUGCAUCUUAAUGCUGCAGUAAAACCAGAGGAAACCUUCGCUGUUGUCGACAGUGAUCCUUCAGACAAAUGGGAAUCAUGACGGGGCCUGGAUCGACAAAAUCCACCAGUCUUGAACCAGUAUCCUGUGCCUCUCAGGAGUCGUGAAGCCAGAAGCCGUCCCUCCGUCACACAUGGGAACACUCAGCUUCUACAUACAGUAAAUCUCUGUGUAGCUCUCCAUCUAAAAUGCAUGAGGUCAGACCUUCAGACAGCUAUAACAUGUUUUUGUGAAACAUUUGCACUCGCCAAAAGCUUUGCUCGAGACAGCUCAGUUACUGCAACAAAUAACAUUAGAUGUUUAAAAUGCCAACUCUCUGCCUGAAUGUAUGUUGUACUAUAUCCGUGUUGUAGGAAAUCACUUGCACAACUUUUCCUGAAUGAAGGUGCUACUGUAUACUGUGUAUACUGUAGAGUGACUAUGGAAAAAAAAAAAAAAAGCACCUGCCGUCAGUUUGUCCAGACUCUGAUCAACCACCCGGACGAACUGAAGAGGCAGGUUGUUUUUCUUUUCUUUUUUUUUUUUAAGGCUCAUAGGAAAA